GUAGGUCUGUAUUUCCUGGUGGAAGCAGAAGUUUCAGCGAGAGGUUUUUUUUUGUUGUUGUUUGACAUCUUUCAGAAGCAGAAAUGCCUCAGAUCCCAAAGAAGGCGGACUGGUAGAAAAGACGCUCGCGUGUCUGGGAUGGUGAAAGAACCCCAAACUUACAGAGGAUAUUUGGCGAGAUAAGGGGAAGAAGAGGACUUCUCCUAUAACGCUGGCAAUGGGUUCUCUUAUGAGUAACAUUUGUAUGGUUGAACCUAAUAUUCCAGUCUGGGCAGUGAUCAUAGUGGCUGCUGUUGCCUUCUUGAUGGUGCUGGCAAUUGUGGUCCUCUCUAUAUGUCUUUGCCGGGUCUGUAAAAGAGUGAAGAAGCUAAAACUGUUACGGAGUGCUGCCGAAAACCCCUACGAAGCCGAUGUGCAUUAUGCCGAAUUACAGAACCUUCCGGCCUCCAGCAGGGGCCAAUGUGAUGGCGGAAUCAACGCAGACGUUCUCAACAGCGACUACGCCACGGUGGCCGUGUUGAAGGAAGAUGCCAGCAAGGAAGACUUUGGCAGCCCCCCGCAAACAGAGGACAGCGGGGUAGAGGAUGGGGUGAGGGAGGAGCAGGCAUCUGAAGAAGCAGAGUCAGCUUCAUGUGAUGUGGAAUAAGGGAGUCAAUUGAGGGGCAGAAGCGUUGGGUGCUCCAAAUGGCGGGUACGUCUCUUGUGCUAACACCUUCUUUCUUGAAAAGCUCAGUUCUACAGUUAUACAGGUAGCCCUCGACUUAAAACUGUUCAUUUAGUGACCAUUCAAAAUUACAACGGCACUG